AUAAAAAUAAUAAAAAUACGGUUUUUUUUUUCUUUCUCUUUUUAUUCUGGCACUGGAGAGAAAAAAGUUUACCAGAGAAAGAGCAGGGAAGGUUCUUUUCUGCAUCAACAAAACCAGCUCCUGCCACUUGCUGUCGAUAUCACACCAUAACUGCUGUUCUUCGAGCUCUGCUUUGCAUAACCUCUGUUGUUUCCUAUUGUAGAGUAUAUACCUUAUACUAUAAUACUCCACCCACGUAAACCUCUUCUGCAUAUUUGGGAUACUAUCAUCUUCUGUUUUUGAUGUCUAGAGCAUUGGAACAGGACUACAUAGGGUUGGCAGAGAAACCGUCAAUGGACGGAGGCUCUGACAAACUAUCUUCUUCUUCUUCGUCAUCUUCUGUGGAUGGUAAAACCUCAUCACUGAACUUGAAGGAGACAGAACUGAGGCUUGGUCUCCCCGGUUGCAAGUCACCAGAGAGAAAAUCUGGUCCUGGACUCUGUCUUUUUGGCAGAGAGUUGCAGAACAAGCAUAAUGUUUGUUCAGUCGCAACUCCUUUGAAGGCUGGGGCUAAGAGGGGAUUCUCUGAUGCUAUUGACGCUUCUUCUGGGAAAAGGGGUUCUUCUGUCACCGAUGGAUCUCAAGGAGCUGCUUUGUUCUCUCCCAGAGGGGGCAUUGUUGGGAAGCCUCUUAUUGCUUUAGACACUCAAACUAAUACCUCGCAUGCUAACACCUCUAUCAAAGAGGUUGGUGCAGUUCCUCAAUCUGCCAAACCGGUUCAGGAGAAGAAUGACCGGGUUGCUGCAACAGAUGGUCAUGCCAGUGCUUCUGAUGCAAAGGCACAAGUUGUGGGGUGGCCCCCAAUUCGAUCUUUCCGAAAGAACACGAUGGCAUCUAAUCUGGCAAAAAACAGUGAUGAAGGCGAGGGAAAAUCUGGUUUUGGUUGUCUCUAUGUAAAAGUCAGUAUGGAUGGUGCUCCUUAUCUUAGAAAGGUUGAUCUCAAAACCUAUAACAACUACAUGGAACUUUCUUCAGCUCUUGAGAAGAUGUUCAGCUGCUUUACCAUUGGUCAAUGCAAUUCUCCUGGAUUUCCUGGGAAAGAUGGACUAAGUGAGAGCUCUCUGAGGGAUCUUCUUCAUGGAUCUGAAUAUGUUCUUACAUAUGAAGAUAAAGAUGGAGACUGGAUGCUUGUGGGUGAUGUUCCUUGGGAGAUGUUCACUGAUUCAUGUCGGAGACUAAGGAUCAUGAAAGGCUCUGAAGCAAUUGGGCUAGCUCCAAGAGCCAUGGAGAAAUCUAGAAGCCAAAACUAGUGCAGAAAAAACCCGUUAUACCAAAGCGGGCUAUUCACUGAAGCAUAUAAAAACAUACAAAGGAUUUCGGGUGUAUGGUUCUGUUCAAAAUCAAAAGCAUAUGUUUUUCAGUGUCUCAGUUUUUGUUCAUUAAUAGUCUGACAAGUUUUAUCAGUAGAAUUCAACUGGACACAUCCAGAAAAUAUAUACACAUAUUUUGUUUGUGCAUCUUUGGAUUCUAGUUGCUGUAUAAAAGAAUUGUUUGUUGUGUUCUUCA